AUGACUGAACAAAACCAUAAUAUUGAAAUAAAUUCUUCCUCUGCUCCAACUGAAGGGAUUUCGUCUGAACUUCUCAUAAAUGUUAUUAGAACAUUAACAUCAACUUCAUCAGAUGAUCAGCGUCAAUUGGAGAGAGAACGUAUUGAACAAGGAUAUCAACAAUCUGAGAAGCAUCGUGCUGAUGUAAUGCAAUGUUUAAAUACUUUUCAAUCAGUUUCUCGUUCACUUACAAAUAGUCGAGAACAAAUUCUGAAUGUUAAAAAUUCCCUUUCUCUUUGUAAAUCAUUUCUGCAAUGUCGACGGGAUGAUUUAAAUAAAUUUUGGCUUGAAAAUGCUCAUCAAAAGUCCGUUUGUGGGAUUUUACGCCAAAUGAAACAAAUAAGAGAUAUUGACAAAACAAACGAAACUUUACUGGCAAAUAGACAAUAUGGAGAAUUGGCUAAAGUUUUGAAGGAUGCUGAUAUUCUUCUAAAAGGACCUUUGUCUAAUCUUGAAGGAAUUAGUCAAUUAAAAUUUAUUGUUUCGGACAAUUUACAGAAAUUAUUUGAACAUGUUGUAAAAGAACUUGUACAAGGAAGUUUUGUUGAACCUUUUGAAAUUCAGAUGCUUUCGUUGGCUAAAGAUGACAAAUUAAAAGAAUCUAAAAUUGGUUUAUCUUUGAGUGAACGUUAUACAAAAAAGAAAAUUUCUCAAUUAGAAGAUGAAGAAUUUUUGAAAAAACGUUAUUUUGAACUUUUUGAAGUACUUUCUGUUUUUGGUCAAAUAGAUUCUGCUUUAAAUUCUUUAUUUACUCAAAUUCCUAAUUUAUUACUUCGAUUGGCUAAUGAAACAGCGAAAAUGAUAAUUCAAUCAAAUAAUGAGGGAAAUAUUGGAUGUCCAAAAGAUUGUGAAAAUUUAGUUCAAUUUGUUAGAAUUUUAAUUGCCCAAUUGAGUGGGUGUUCCCGACAAUUUGCUAUUCUUUCUGGAGAACUUCAACAAGUUGAUUAUACUCCAAAAAUACCAAUUUUACGACGUUUUUGGGCAAUUUCAUUGGAAGGAAUGGAGGAAAUUUUGAGUGAACAUUUAAAUGUUUGGCGUAAUAAAAAACGCUCAGAUGGUGAACAAGAAAGUGGUGGACAAAAAAAGUUAUUUAGUUUUGAGAAUGCUUCUUUUGUUUCUUAUGUUAGUGCUUCUUCUAGAAAAAAGCAAAUCCAACUUGUUUGUUCUCCAGAUGUUUACAAUAUUGUUCCAAUUUUUCACAAAAUUGCAAUUUUUAGCCGGGAAAUUGAAAAUCAAUUGGGGGAUGAUUGCUGUCAAAUUGGUACUUAUAUGCAAACUUUUGUUGCUGAAGCUUUCUUUGAGCAAAUUCGGGUCGAUUUAGAAAAUCAAACAGAAAGGGCGUUAAGUGGUACUGAAUUAUGGGCAACAGUUUGUGAAGUACCUGGUUGUCCUGUGAAAGUACUAAAUAGUUGUGUUCGAAUAGCGGAAUUAUGUGAACAAAUUAAUGAUUAUAUUACAAAUAUGGAACUUUAUGCUCUCAGAUUUGCUUCUUUUUGGAUAUUAAUUCUUGAACAUUUUAUCAAAGCGGUGUCUGAAAAAUAUUCUCAAAUAACAAUGCUUCGACAACCUCAAGGAGAUGUUUUAGUUGAAUAUCCCAAAUUAAGUGCUGCUUGGGUUGUUGAUGAGGAUAUUGCCCGUUUAUUAAAAAGUUUGCCAAGUUGGACUGCUGUUCAAAAUUCUUUAUUUUCUUCUUCAUCUGAACAAAUUUCAACACCUUUUGGCACUUCUUCAAGUCUUUUUGGAUUAAUUGAAAGUGAGCAAGAAAUUAGAGAAAGAACACAACGCGAAUCUGAAAUUUUAAUUGGAAAUUUGGGAACCCAAAAACAAUUAAAACAAAAUGAAUUAAUUACUUCUCUGGACAAUAUUAAAAUUUUAGCUUAUUUACAUGAAUCACUUCAAUGGUUUAUUGGAAGAAUUAAAGAGCUUCUCUCUGGAUUAUCUCCAAAAGCCAAAGAAUUAACAAAAACUCGAAUACAAAUAAGUACAGCUGAUGGAGUUCUGUUGGAGCAGAUGCUUUGUGAUGCAAUAAAUGAUCGAAUAGGGACUUUAGAGAAAUUAUCUGAUAGUAUUUUAUUAGUACUUCAUUUGGAAUUACGUUUUCAUUGUUUUUUCCAUUUAUUACCAAUCACUAUAAAUCAAAAUUCUUCAACAAUAUUUACUCAACAAGAAGAAAUGGACAAAGACGUUAUGGAAUUUGGACGUGAUUUAACACAAUUACAUUCAAUUUUACAAUCAAAUCUUAGUGGAUGGAAAUUAAAAUAUAUGUUUGAUGGUUUAGGUUAUUUGUGUUCUUCUAUUUUUAUUCAUUCUUGUCAUUCAGUCAAUAAACUUUCUGAAAUUGAACAUAAAAGAAUUUGUAGAGCUAUAUUUACUGUUCAAAAAUAUUUAAGUCAAUUAUCGGGAAGGCCAGAAACAGAUAUGCAAAGGGCACAAAUGUUUUUUGAAUUUUUGAAUCGAGAUCUUGAUCAACUUUUCUCUACAAUAAUUGAACGUGGUGCUACAUUUUCUUUUGUUGAAUAUUCAAUUCUUUUGGCUUUAAUGAUUCGUUCACACCCGCAAUUACAUUCACAGCCUGGUGCAUUGGAAACUGCAACAAAACAAUUAAGAGAAAUUCUUACUCAAAGAUCUAAUCAACAGGAAAAAUAA